UUCCGGCCGUCAUAAACGAGGAAGCUCCAUCAAUCCAGGGUCUACCAUCUGUAGAAUCAUCUCUCCAAGAAGUCAUGAGUGCUUUACGUGAUGAAAAUACCAAAAUAAUUGGAGUAUGGGGCAUGGGUGGUGUGGGCAAAACUACCCUCGUGAAAAAUGUGAACAAUAAAUUGCAAGGGACACAACAAUUCAAUAAAGUCAUAAUGGUGAUUGUUUCAGAGGACGUGGAUACCAAAAGGAUCCAGGGAGACAUUGCGAAGAGAUUGGGUUUCACACUCCGGGAGAAUGGGACAGAGCCCUCGCGAGCAAUUGAUCUGAGGAAUAGAUUGAUGCAAGAGAAGAAAUUUCUCAUCAUAUUGGAUGAUUUGUGGGUGCAGCUUGAUUUGGCUAAGGUAGGAAUUCCCUCUACUAACAGCCAUGAAGGUUGUAAAAUCAUAUUCACAACCCGUAAUGAAGAUGUGUGUCAAGGAAUGGAAAGCCAAGUUGACAUUCAAGUAAAAGUGCUCUCAGAAGAGGAAUCGUGGAAACUAUUCAAAGAAAAAGCAGGUGCUGUUGUAGAUAACUCUUCCUUGCAAAGCAAGGCGAAGGAGGUUUUAAAGGAAUGUGGCGGUCUUCCCCUAGCAAUUAUCACACUUGGACGGGCACUAAGAGGUAGGAGAAAUCCUAAGGAAUGGGAUAAUGCACUGUCACAGCUGAAGAAAUCUGUGCCAAGCGAUAUCAAAGGCAUGGAGAACGGGGUAUACCAUUCUAUCAAAAUUAGCUACGACCAUUUGCGACCUCAGCUAAAACCAGCUUUCUUGUUCUGCUGCCUGUUUCCUGAAGAUCAUGAUAUUCAUGUGGACACGAUGAUUAGAUUGUGGAAGGGUGAAGGCUUUUUGGAAGAUGUUGAAAGUUGGGAGGAAGCAUUAAAUAAAGGGCACGCUUUGGUUGAAGAACUCAAAUCUUCUUGUUUGUUAUUAGCAGGUGAAAAGGAAGGGUAUGUAAAGAUGCACGACAUUAUUAGGGAUGUUGCCAUUUGGAUUUCGUCAAAAGAAUGUAAGGACUGCAAAUCUUUUGUGAGAAUCGGAUUGAAAAGUUUGCCACAGGGGGAAGGUUGGGAGGAAUACAAGAGGAUUUCUCUCAGGCGAUGUGAGAUUAAUAAACUGCCAGAAGGGAUGCAUUGUCCUAAAUUGGUGACAUUGAUGAUGCCGGGAAAUGAGGAGCCGAUUGAAAUUCAAGGUGGGUUUUGGGAAGCAACAAAAGAACUUCGGGUUCUAGAUCUAAGCGAAACAGCUAUCAGUAAGAUACCAGUACUGUCAAACCUGGUGAAUCUACGGGUGCUUUGUCUGAGGAGCUGCAAGUUUGAAGAAAGGAAUUUUUUGUCGGCACUUGGGGCACUGAAGCAGCUUGAAUUUCUCGAUCUGUCACUUAACAAUUGGUUAUGUGAGUUUCCAAAAGAAAUCGGAGAAUUGGUCAAUCUGCGGGUGCUUUGCCUGGGGAGCUGCGAGUUUGAAGAAGUGAAUUGUUUGUCAGCACUUGGGGGACUGAAGCAGCUUGAAUUUCUGGAUCUAUCAUUUAACGAUUGGUUACGGGAGUUGCCAAAAGAAAUUGGAAAAUUGGUCAAUCUGCGGAGCUUGGACUUAACAAAUACUGAUAAUCUUAAAAUUGUUCCAAGUGGUGUUAUAUCACGGUUGACUCUCUUGGAAGAAUUGAAGAUGUGGAACAGUUUCGACGAGUGGAAGGCUGAAGAAAAAUAUGCAAGCAGCAGCAGCAGCAGCAGCAAUAGUAGCAACGCCUCUUUGAGUGAAGUGACAUCUUUGAAAAAGUUAUCUAAUUUACAUCUCUGUAUUGUGGAAGUGGAACGUUUCCCACAAGACUAUCCUCUGAUUAAACAUCCGACAAAGUUGAAGGAGUUUUGCUUCCGCAUAGGCCCAAGGCCUGAUUAUCCUCAUUGGAACCAUGUUGAGUUGAGAUAUAUGGAGAUUGUUGGUUGUAGUCUCAUCCCCGAAUGGGCUCUAAUGCUUUUACCACAGACCACCCAUUUAAAGUUAAGAAAAUGCAAGGGUACUCAAGAGGCACUUAAUCGCGGUGGAGGAUUCCCAAGUUUGAAAUAUCUUGAAGUUGAGGAAUGUGAUGAUGUGGAAUUUGUUGUCAGUGCAAAGGAGUCUCCUGAAAAUGCAUUCGGUAAUCUACAGAGUUUAGAGUUGAGAUCUCUGCCAAAUCUAAAGAAAGUCGUGACUAAGUAUGAAGAGGGAUUGCUUCCCACCCUUUUAUUUCAUAACCUUCACAAUAUAUUCGUGAAUGGAUGUCCUGAAUUAAAGCAUCUAUUCCCAUCCGUUUUAUUGCAAGGAAUGGAUAAUUUAACCCAUGUCAGUGUGCUUUAUUGUGGAGGAAUGGAGCAUUUAUUUGAUGGACCACCCACGGUGGAGCAACGCAAUGAUGUGCUCUCCGAACUCGAAACCUUACAUCUUUCAAAUCUCACGAGCAUGACAAGUAUUUGGCCGAUGGGGUUAGUGGUGAAUCUCCAAAAUCUCGCUACUCUGGAUGUUUGGGUUUGCCAUGGCUUGAAGAAGAGCGUUGUGUCGGCGAUGCAGAUGAAGGGUGGGCUCCCUAACCUUAACAAACUCCACGUGUUUUUUUGCGAAGGAGUGGAGGAGAUCAUUUCAGAUGUGGUGGAUAAUGUGGGUCUCCUACCUAAACUAAGAACUCUAGACUUAAGAUAUCUACCGAAAUUGGUGCGCAUAUGUGGAGGAGAGGCUGAUCCCCUGUUGCAACUGGAUUGGAAUUCACUGGAAGAAAUACAAGUGGAGAGAUGUGGAGGAAUGGAGCAUGUAUUUGAUGGACCGCCCAAUGAUGUGUUCUUCAAACUCAAAACCUCAAAUCUUAAAGAUCUCCAUCAUAACCUGACUACUCUCGUGCUUUCGAGGUGCGAGUUCUUUAAGAAGACCGUUAUUUCGUCGGUUCAGAUGAAGGGUGGGCUCCCUAAUCUCGUCAACCUCACCGUGAAUGAUUGCGGAGAAGUAGAAGAGAUCAUUUCAGAUGUGGUGGAUAAUGAGGGUCUCCUACCUAAACUAGAAAAUCUGACAUUAUCCCAUCUACCGGAAUUGGUGCGAAUCUAUGGAGGAGGAGAGGCUGUUCCACCACCGCAAUUGGAUUGGCAUUCAUUGAAAACAAUUUAUGUGUAUGGAUGUCCCAAGCUUAAAAAGGUGCAGCCUCUGCAAGGUGGGGCCGACAGUGUGCCGUCGCUUAAAGAGAUAGAGGGAGAAAGGAAUUGGUGGGAGGGGUUAGAUUGGGAAGGAGACGACAGAGGCUCCCAAUACCAUUCCCGGUUUAAAGAGGUAUCGUAUUAUAUUGGUAUAUAUAAUGUGUCCAACUGGUUGGACCACAGUUUAACAAUCCAUCUAAUUGAUAACUUUCAAAUUAUUGAGUUCUUGUUAAAUCCAAACCUCCUAACAGGUUGGCCCCAUUAUGAUAAUUAA